AUUUCUUACAAUGGCUUCGGAUUGGAAGAAUUUGUGCCUGAGAAGACAUCAGCUUACAUAAGCCAAUAUGACCUACAUAUUCCUGAGAUGACAGUGCGAGAGACAAUGGAUUUUUCAGCAUGCUUUCAAGGUGCUGGGAAUAGAGCAGAGAUCAUGAAGGAAGUGAGUCAAAGGGAGAAGCAGGCAGGAAUCAUCCCUGAUCCUGAGAUAGACACUUACAUGAAGGCAAUAUCAUUGGAAGGAUUAGAUCAAAGCCUCCAAACAGAUUACAUCUUGAAGAUAAUGGGACUGGACCUUUGUGCAGACACAAUGGUAGGGGAUGCCAUGAGAAGAGGCAUCUCAGGAGGUGAAAAGAAAAGGCUGACUACAGGAGAGAUGAUUGUUGGACCAACAACAACACUUUUCAUGGAUGAAAUAUCAUCUGGCUUAGACAGCUCUACGACCUUUCAAAUAGCUACAUGCCUUCAACAAUUUGCACACAUCACGGAAUCUACUGUCGUGGUUUCACUUCUUCAGCCAGCACCUGAGACCUAUGAACUAUUUGAUGAUAUAAUCUUAAUGGCAGAGGGAAAGAUUGUAUACCAAGGACCUUGCAAUCAUAUUCUGAACUUCUUUGAAGAAUGUGGAUUCAAAUGCCCAGAGAGAAAAGGAGUAGCUGAUUUUCUCCAGGAGGUGCUGUCAAGGAAAGAUCAAGGACAGUAUUGGUUUAAUUCAAAUAAGAUUCAUAGUUAUGUUUCUGUAGAUCAAUUCUCUAAAUCUUUCAAGGUCUAUCAAAUUGGACAGAGUCUGAGCAAGGAAUUAUCAAAGCCAUAUGAUAUGUCUCAAUCCCAUAAAAAUGCUCUAUCUUUUAAUAAGUUUUCAUUGUCAAACUGGGAACUACUUAAAGCUUGCGUAGUGAGGGAAUUGCUCCUCAUGAAAAGGAAUUCAUUUGUGUAUAUACUCAAAAUAACCCAGAUUGGAAUUGCUGCUAUCAUCACAGCGACUGUAUUUAUACGAACACAUAUGGAAGUUGACAUGAUCCAUUCCAAUUACUAUCUGGGUUCCCUCUUUUUUGCACUUAUCUCACUAAUGGUAAAUGGAUUUCCUGAAAUGGCUAUGACAGUUUCCAGACUUCCAGUCUUCUAUAGGCAACGAGACUGCUACUUUUAUCCAGCAUGGGCAUAUGCAAUUCCAGCUACUAUCCUAAAGAUACCCAUCUCUCUUGUAGAGUCAUUAGUUUGGACAUCAAUUACUUACUAUGCCAUCGGAUAUAGUCCUGAAUCAGUAAGGUUCUUCCGCCAAUUCCUCCUACUCUUUUGCGUCCACCAAAUGUCACUAUCACUGUUUCGCUUCGUCGCCUCCUAUUUUCAAACAGCAGUGGCUGCUACGAUCAGUGGUACAAUGUGUUUGAUAGUAAUCCUGUUGUUUGGUGGCUUCGUUAUUCCAAAACCCUAUUUACCAGGUUGGUUAAGUUGGGCAUUCUGGAUUUCUCCAUUGUCUUAUACACAGAUAGGCUUAGCUGUUAAUGAAUUCCAUGCGCCAAGAUGGCAAAAGGUGAAAUAUGAUACUUCCCACCAACAUAAGACCACAUUACCUGUUGGGGUUUCUCGUGCCAUUAUCUCUCUUAAAAAGCUUUCUCAAAUACAAGGCACGGAAAAUGGAGAGGAUACAAGUCAUCCAAAUAGUGAAUCUCCCGCUGGAUCACCUGUGAGGUCUACAUUGCCAAAAAGAACUGGGAAGAUGGCUAAUCUGUCAGAAAAAAUGGUUUUACCUUUCGUUCCCCUAGCAAUGACAUUUCAGAAUGUGAAUUACUAUGUUGACACUCCUCUGGAAAUGAGAGAACAAGUCCAUGCAGAAAAAAGGCUACAACUGCUUCACAAUAUCACAGGAGCUUUCCAGCCUGGAAUUCUUUCAGCGCUGAUGGGAGUAAGUGGAGCAGGGAAGACUACCCUCUUGGAUGUUCUUGCUGGAAGAAAAACUGGCGGAACUAUUGAAGGAGACAUAAGAAUUGGAGGGUAUCCUAAGAGACAAGAAACUUUUGCUAGGAUAUCAGGUUACUGUGAACAGUUUGACAUACAUUCUCCACAAAUCACUGUUGAAGAAUCUGUCAUGUAUUCAGCUUGGUUGCGUCUGCCACCUCAAAUUGAUGGAAAAACAAGAUCUAAAUUUGUUCAUGAAGUCCUCGAAACAAUUGAGCUUGACAGCAUCAAGGAUUCGUUAGUUGGGAUACAAGGGGUCAGUGGUCUGUCUACUGAGCAACGGAAACGACUAACAAUUGCAGUAGAACUUGUUUCAAAUCCAUCUAUUAUAUUUAUGGAUGAGCCAACCUCGGGUCUAGAUGCUAGAGCAGCUGCUAUUGUCAUGCGUGCAGUGAAAAAUGUUGCUGAAACAGGAAGGACAGUAGUUUGCACUAUCCACCAACCAAGUAUUGAUAUCUUUGAAGCAUUUGAUGAGCUGAUCUUAAUGAGAAGAGGGGGAGAAUUGAUUUACACUGGACCAACAGGAAAGCACUCAAUGUACAAAUCAAAUACUGUGAAAAUCACCUACUCUUUCUUUAUAUGCCAGGGCAUUUCUGGAGUACCAAAGAUUAGAGAUAACUACAAUCCAGCGACAUGGAUGUUGGAAGUCACCUCUAUGUCAAUGGAAAAGAAACUAGGAGUAGAUUUUGCAAAGAUCUACACAGAAUCGUCUCUUGACAAGGACAGCAAAGAGCUGGUUAAGCGCUUAAGCACACCACCACUGGAUUCAAAUGACCUGAGCUUUUCAACACGCUAUCCACAAAAUUUUUGGGUACAGUUCAAAGCUUGCAUUUGGAAACAAUCCUUGUCUUACUGGAGAAGUCCUUCAUAUAACAUGGUGCGGAUAUUUUUCAUCCUUGUUGCAUCCAUAAUCUUCGGAAUAGUAUUCUGGCAGCGUGGGAAGACACUAAACAAUCAACAAGAUCUAUUCAAUACAUUGGCGAUCAUGUAUCUCGCCACAAUCUUCACCGGAAUAAAUAACUGCUCGCCAGUUUUGCCAUUUGUUUCUAUUGAACGGACUGUCCUAUAUCGGGAAAACUUUGCAGGAAUGUACUCUCCAUGGGCUUACUCUCUUGCACAGGUAGCCAUUGAAAUCCCCUAUGUACUCAUAGAAGUAGUACUGUUUAUGAUCAUUGCGUAUCCAGCCAUCGGUUACUACUGGACAGCCUCCAAGUUAUUCUGGUUCUUUUACACCAUGUUAUGCACAUUGCUCUACUAUGUUUACCUCGGAAUGCUGCUGGUUUCAUUGACUCCAAAUGUUCAAGUGGCUUCAAUAAUGGCUUCUGUUUGUUACACCUUGUUUAAUCUCUUUUCAGGCUUCAUUGUGCCAGGUCCUCAAAUUCCAAAGUGGUGGAUUUGGUUAUAUUACCUGAAUCCAAUGUCCUGGACAUUAAAUGGCCUAUUUAGCUCACAAUAUGGAGAUGUACAGAAGGAGAUGAUGGUGUUUGGUGAAACCAAGUCAAUAGCUUCCUUCCUAAAAGACUAUUUUGGCUUUCACCAUAAUCUUUUUGGAGUUGUUGCUGGAGUUCUUCUUGCCUUUCCUUUCAUAUACGCUACCCUUUUUGCCUAUUUUAUUGGCAAGCUAAAUUUUCAGACCAGGUAAAAGUUCUAAGCCUAUAUGUAAAGAGGUUCCUGAACUUCAACAGUAGUUUAGGACAUGUAUUUACUGAGAACUUUGGGUCCUUCGGUAAUUUCAGCGAUGUAUCAGUCCCACAAAGAAUUUCAAACUGUCAACUCUAAUGAAAAAACCAGGGAAAAUCAUUUAUAAUCUAAUAUGCUGUUCCGUAAAUUGGCAUAAAAAUAACAACUGUAAUGUUCCAAUCAGUGCAGUUAGCUACAUGGAAAUUUUUCUGGCAUUUAGCUUUAUAAAGAGCUAUAUCACUGGUCGAGACAACAACAAUCGAAUCAUUUUUGUUGCUUCUAAUAAGUUGUUUUAGCCUUUUAGGUCUUCUGGUACCUCACUGCAUGGUGCACACUACUAAUAACAAUUGAUUCACCUUAUACAAUCCUUAUAUGUAGGUCUCCUGGAUAUAUUACAUUUCAGACAGUUCUUCCUUAUUUUAUAACUGAUCAGGAAAGCCCAAUGCAUAAGGCUCCUCAGUCGAGUUAUGGUUAAUGUACUAGUGCCAGUAUUUGAUUCUAUCUUUCAUAGUAACUCCACCAAUUCAACUUAGCAUUCUUCUCUUCACAACACUAAAUUAUUGAACAUGUUUUCUAACUACCCAACACUUUAGGACCAUAAAACAUAGUCUGCCUUGUAAUAUAAUAAUCAUGCAAACUUUUUACCUUUGACCUAAGAGACAUACCACAAUCAUGAAAACUCUUGACAUUUUCAUCAUCCUGCUUCAAUUCUGUGAGCAAAUAACUUCAUCAAUCUUCCCUUUUUCUAGAAGAUUUAAGAAUCCCAAUAUUCUAUUUCUAGGAAUCUUUGGUCCAAUAAUUUCAACUAAAUUCUCUAAUCUUCACUUAUUAUUGCCAAGUUGAAGUCAACGAUCAGUCUUAGUCCCACUUAGUCUAGUUCUAUUGGUUUCUAAUGAUUGUCAGUAUUAUUUAUAGUCUUGUAAGUUCAUUUAUCAUAAGAAUGGUAUCAAAUUCGAACAGUAGAUGCGUAUCGACUGGUAUAAUGAUAUCCGGCCAUAUGAUCUGAUACUGGUUAGUCGCUUUUGAAUUUUUUUCACUGGUGAUACCAGUAUACAGGUACCGUACCUGUCUGGUAGAUUAUCGAAACUGAUGUUGGACCAAGAUUUAAAUCCUUGAUAUAAGUUUGAAAAGAUAAUGAUUUAAGGUCGAUGUUUGAAGUAAACCUAUGGUGAUGAAAUAUAGAUUAGUAUCUUCACAAUGCAAACAAAAUCCAUCAAU